GUACUUUGCCCACGUUUCUCACUCUUAACAGAAAAAAAAGAGCGAGAGAAAAAGAAAAAAGGAAAACAAAAAAAAAAGUUAUCUGCUUUCUAGUAUUGAAGAAGAGCUGGUGCUUCGUGCUUUCAGCUUCGCUUGUGAUCCGCAGCGGCUUGUCCUAUAAUUUGCUCAAUUUUCAUUCUAAGGAUUGACUUUCUGAGAACAUCUCUUCCUUUGUGAUAGGUUGGGGAAAAUCUUUUUUUAGCUAAGGUCAAGUAGUACUUGUUCUACAGUCUGAAUGGCAAAGAAAGAUAAGUUGCGUGGAGGUGGUUCUAUUGCAUUUGCCACUAAUUACGAAUCAGAAGGCUCUGGCACUUCAUGUAGAUUUGAUGCUGGAAUUGCUGUUUCAGGACAUUCUUUUGCUCCUCAGCAGAGAUGGAUAAAUACAAAUUCUUCUUCACAUGAUGGUUUUGCUGUGCCAAUCCAAGUUAUCCCGUUAUCCAAGAUGUCACCAUCUGAGAGGAAAAACUUGGUUCUGCAGUUGAGAUCUGAUCUUGACCAAAUAAGACUUCUGCAGAAGAAAGUUGAGUUUUAUAGGACAAGUGCAGUUGCAGUUUCAUCUUCUAGUGAUAUCGUUAGCUGUAGCAAUGCACACAAAGGGCCUCCUUUAGCAAGCAAGAAGAAAUCUGCAGGAACUGGGCCCGGGAAAAAGUCAAACCUUCUUGGUCAGAAGGCGUCGUUCCUGAACAGGGAGACCUCUGGCAGGUUUAAAUCUGCUUCAGCACCAUCCACUUCAAAAGCAACAUUGAUGAAACAGUGUGAGAACUUGUUGAAAAAGUUGAUGUCGCAUCAGCAUGGUCCCGUGUUUAAUGAGCCUGUUGACAUAGUUAAGUUAAAAAUACCCGACUAUUUCACUGUGAUUAAACAUCCAAUGGAUUUGGGGACAAUAAAGAAGAGGCUUACUUCAGGUGCGUACUUGAGUCCGCUGGAAUUUCUUGCUGAUGUGAGACUGACGUUCUCCAAUGCAAUGAUCUAUAACCCCCCUGGUAAUAUUGUCCAUAUCAUGGCUGAUACAAUGAGCAAGUUUUUUGAACUAAGAUGGAAAACUAUUGAGAAAAAGCUACCUGUUAACCAUGCUGAAUCAGUGGAAGAAAAAUCCGGUUUGCAUGAAGAAAAUGAAACUGCUUCAAAGAAGAGGAGACUUUCUCCAAUGCAGCAUGUAAUUAUGCCAGAACCGCCUAUAUAUAAGAUGACUGAUGAAGAGAAACAUAAACUAAGCAGUGAACUAGAAGCUUCACUUGGUGAUCUACCAGACAACAUCAUUGAGUUUUUGAAGGAACAAAGUUCAAAUGGAACAGCAGCUGGAGAUGAUGAGAUUGAGAUUGACAUUGAUGUUCUUCCCCAUGAUACUUUGUUCACGUUACGGGAGCUUCUAGAUAAGUUUUUGCAAGAGAAACAAAAAGGCAAUGCAAAAGCUGAACCUUGUGAGAUAGAGCUGCCAAAUGGAUUGGGGCUUAGUAAUUCAUCCAUGCACGUAGACGGAGGUAAUGACCAUGUUGAUGAGGAGGUUGAUAUUGGUGGAAAUGAGCCUCCUGUCUCUAGUUAUCCUUCAGUUGAGAUUGAGAAGGAUACAGAUCUGAAAAGAGAUGAAUGUAUAAAUACAGGGGGUCCCAAUGAUUCAGAUUCUAGUAGCUCUUCUGAUGAUGAGUCUGAAGCUCAAAGAACAUCUGAUCAUGCUGAGCAGAAUCACAGUUCGCCAGCAAAGGUAGAUGGGAAGGAAGCUGGCAAUAGUUUAGCUGAUGGAGAUCAGUCUAUCAGUGGCAUGGACCAGCUGGAACAAAGUUCUCAGCAAAUGCCAGUAUCUGUCGAGUCAGAAGCAUAUCAAGACGGGGAGAGUGUGCCAGACAGGAGGGUCUCCCCUGAAAAGCUCUAUAGAGCCGCUCUCCUGAAGAAUAGAUUUGCAGAUACAAUUUUAAAAGCUCGAGAGAAGACACUUGUUGAGGUCGAGAAGGGCGAUCCCGAGAAACUUCGUCAUGAAAGGGAGGAACUUCAGAUGCGGAGGAGGAAAGAAAAAGCUAAGUUGCAAGCAGAAGCCAGAGCUGCUGAAGAAGCUCAAAGACGUGCAGAAGCAGAAGCUGCAGCUGAGGCUAAGAGGAGGAGAGAGCUCGAUAGAGAAGCAGCAAGACAGGCAUUACUCCAGAUGGAAAAGACUGUAGAGAUUAAUGAGAAUUCAAAGUUUCUUGAGGAUUUGGAGAUGCUGACUGCUGUCCCACCCGAGCAAUUACCUAGCUCAGUAGAUGAGACCAGUCCAGAUCAUUCCCAGGAUGGGCUAGGUGGCUUCAAAUUUGGAGGCAGUAAUGCUCUGGAGCAACUUGGGUUGUACAUGAAGAUGGAUGAUGAUGAGGAAGAAUGUGAGCCCGCUACUGUCCCAAGUUAUCCUAAGGAUGUUGAGCCUGAGGAAGGUGAAAUUGAUUAAGCUGCCCUCUGUUGCUAUAGCUGUAUCAUAGUGUUUUAGAGAUCACUAAUAGGUUAAUGACAUAAAUCCUAUUCCAUAUUGAAAGCCGAAAGAAGAAGAAAACAGAAAAGAAAAAAGAAAAAAAUAACAUAUAAGAAAAAAAAUGGAGAACAUUGACUUGGCAUUCAGUUUGUUAUUGGAUGUGGAAAAGAAUUGUGUGGAAGUGCUCUGCAGUUGCCUUUUCUGAUCUUUCAGCUUCGCAUGUAUAUUUAUAUUUUAAAUCUUUUUAUCCAUGAUUUUAGUUAUGAUGAUUCAAUUUU